AUGGCCUCAAUUCCCCUCGUUGCGCCCGUCUUCCCUGCGGGCAAGGAGCCGCUCCCCCCUGGUGUCUCAGAGGAGGAGCGCCAGAACUUUCUGCAGGCAAAGAAGUACCAGGACUACAUGAGCAUGGGCAUGGAGUCGUGUGUCGCGAAGACAGUCAUCGCCGGCGCAGGAGGCCUUGCCAUUGGCGCAUUUUUCUCGCUCAUGAGCACGUCGUUCGCGUACGAGGACCCCCUCCUCCGCCAGCAGCACGGUGCGCUCAGCCGCACACAGAAGGCCUCUGAAGUGUUUAAAGAGAUGGGUCGCGGCAUGUGGCGCAGCGGAAAAGGCUUUGGCAAAGUCGGUGCGCUGUUUGCGGGGAUCGAAUGUGUGAUAGAGUCUUAUCGCGCGAAGAACGACAUGGUCAACCCUAUUGCUGCUGGCUUCGUUGCAGGCGGCGUACUAGCCCGCAACGCAGGUCCAAAAGCCGCGUUCGGUGGUGGUCUUGCAUUCGCCGCGUUUUCUGCUGCAAUAGAUCUCUUCCUUAGAAGAGAAACCCCAGAUGAGGAUUGA